AUGGGUGAUGCAGUCAGCAGUGGGACAUCCCAGCCAGCUGGGGUUCAGUGUUUAGAACUGAGCCUCAUACAGUGCAUGAGAAUGGGCAGGCAGAAAGCUGCUGAUCUGUGGAGGCAGGCAAUGGAGUGUAAGAAGCACCUGGCAGGCUUGGGGACUUUUGGUCUGGGCAGCCUGAUCACUGAACUCACCGCAAAUGAAGAACUGACUGGGACUGACGGUGCCCUGGUAAAUGAUGAAGGUGAAGUCUGGGUCAUGGGGAGUAAGAUCAGGAGUACAGAAGAUGCUGUGAACUCUUCAGACAUCAAUGAGGUAGCGGAAGACGAAAGCCAAAGGUGUCAGCAGACAAUGGGGAGCUUGCAGCCCCUUUGCAACUCAGAUUAUGAUGUAGAUGACUAUGAUGCUGGUUGUGAAGACAUAGAUUGCAAGUUGAUGCCUCCUCCACCUCCACCCUCAGGACCUAUGAAGAAGGAUAAAGACCAAAAUGCUAUUACCUGUGUGUCUGAGGAUGGAGAAGGCAUCAUUUUGCCCUCCAUCAUUGCCCCUUCCUCUUUGGCCUCAGAGAAAGUGGACUUCAGUAGUUCCUCUGACUCAGAAAUUGAGAUAGGACCUCAGGAAGUAACACAGGCAGAAUCUGAGAACAGAAAACUGACCCUACCAUUGGCUGGGAUUAUGCAGUAUGAUGCCACCAAGCUGUUCCCAAGUGUCACAGAACUUUUCCCAGAAUUUCGAUCUGGAAAGGUGUUACGCUUCCUACGUCUUUUUGGGCCAGGGAAGAACGUCCCAUCUGUUUGGCAGAGUGCUCGGAGAAAGAGGAAAAAGAAGCACCAUGAUCUGAUACAAGAAGAGCAGAUCCAGGAGGUGGAGUGCUCAGUAGAAUCAGAAACCAACCAGAAGUCUUUGUGGAACUAUGACUAUGCUCCACCACCACCUACAAAGCAGUGUCUCUCUGGUGAUGAAAUCACGAUGAUGGCUCCUGUGGAGUCCAAAUUUUCCCAGUCAACUGGAGAUAUAGAUAAAGUGACAGAUAUCAAACCAAAAGUGGCUGAGUGGUGUUACGGGCCUGCCCGACUGUGGUAUGAUAUGCUGGGUGUCCCUGAAGAUGGCAGUGGGUUUGACUAUGGCAUGAAACUGAGAAAGAUGGAACAUGAACCUGUGAUAAAAAAUAGAAUGAUGGAGGACUUUAGGAAGCUUGAGGAAAGCGAUGACACUGAUCUUCUGGCUGAUGAAAACUUCCUGAUGGUGACACAGCUGCAUUGGGUGGAUGAUAUCAUCUGGGAUGGAGAGGAUGUCAAACCCAAAGGGACAAAACCUCAGUGUGCAAGCCUGGCAGGCUGGCCUUCCAGCAUGAUGCCGAAUGCCAUGGCUUAUAACGUUAAGCAAGGUUUUGCAGCCACCCUGGGUGAUGACAAGCCUUGGUAUUCCAUUUUCCCCACUGACAAUGAGGAGCUGAUAUAUGGACACUGGGAGGUCAAUAUCAUUUGGGAUGCCCAGGCCAUGCCCUGACUUUUGGAGCCUCCUUUUUUGACACCUGAUCCCAAUGAUGAGAAUCUCAUUUUGGAAAUUCCUGAUGAGAAGGAAGAAGCCACCUCUAACUCCUUCUGUAAGGAGAAUAAGAAGGAAUCAUCUCUGAAGAAAAGUUGAAUUCUCUUAAGGAAAACAGGUGUCAUCAAGGAGGAACCACAGCAGAACAUGUGUCAGCCAGAAGUGAAAGAUCCAUGGAAUCUCUCCAAUGAUGAAUAUUACUACCCCAAGCAACAGGGUCUAAGAGGCACUUUUGGAGGAAAUAUUAUCCAGUAUUUAAUUAGAACUUUUGUAUCUCUUGCCUUAGCACUCAAUCCAGCUGUGGAGUUACAGCAGCCCUUCUUUCCCACCCACAUGGGGCCCAUCAAAAUCCAGCAGUUCCAUCGCCCACUUCUGAAGAAGUAUUCCUUUGAGGCACUAUCUGAGCCAGCUCCUCAUUCAGUCCAGCCCUUGCUAAAGCACAUCAAAAAGAAGGCUAAGAUGAGAGAACAGGAGAGGCAAGCUUCAGAUGGUGGAGAAAUGUUUUUUAUGCGCACACCUCAGGACCUCACAGGCAAAGAUGGAGAUCUUAUUCCAGAAUACAGUGAGGAAAAUGGACCAUUAAUGAUGCAGGUUGGAAUGGCAACCAAGAUAAAAAAUUACUAUAAGCGGAAACCUGAAAAAGACCCUGGAGCCCCUGAUUGUAAAUAUAGAGAAACUGUUUACUGCCAUACAUCUCCUUUUCUGGGAUCUCUCCAUCCUGGCCAAUUACUGCAAGUUUUUAUUUACCGCCUCUUCUGGAAGAGUAAAGAUCGGCCACAGUGGAUCCGAAUGGAAGAUAUAAAAAAAGCCUUUCCUUUCCAUUCAGAAAGCAGCAUCCGGAAGAGGCUAAAGCUCUGCGCUGACUUCAAACGCACAGGGAUGGACCCAAACUGGUGGGUGCUGAAAUCUGAUUUUCAUUUACCAACUGAGGAGGAGAUCAAAGCUAUGGUGUCUCCAGAGCAGUGCUGUGCUUAUUAUGGCAUGAUAGCUGCUGAGCAGUGACUGAAGGAUGCUGGCUAUGGUGAGAAGUCGUUUAUUGCUCAAGAAGAAGAAAAUGAGAAAGAUUUUCAGAUGAAGAUUGAUGAUGAGGUUCACACAGCUCCUUGGAACACCACAAGGGCCUUCAUUGCUGCCAUGAAGGGCAAGUGUCUCCUGGAGGUGACUGGGAUGGCAGAUCCCACAGGGUGUGGUGAAGGGUUCUCGUAUGUGAAGAUUCCGAAGAAACCAACACAGCAGAAGGAUGAUAAGGAGCCUCAGCCAGUGAAGAAAACAGUGACAGGAACAGAUGCAGAUCUCCGUCACCUUUCUCUGAAAAAUGCCAAGCAACUUCUUUGUAAAUUCGGUGUGCUUGAGGAAAAGAUUAAAAAGUUUUCCUGCUGGGAAGUGAUUGAUGCUGUAUGCACAAUGUUAACAGAACAGGCCCACUCUGGAGAGGGACCCAUGAGUAAAUUUGCUCAUGGAUCAAGGUUUUCUGUGGCUGAGCAUCAAGAGCAUUACAAAGAGGAAUGUCAGUGCAUCUUUCACCUGCAGAACAAGGUUUGUCAUCAACUGAAGUCUUAUCAACUGACACAGAUAGCAGCUCAGCUGAAGACAGUGACUUUGAAGAAAUGGGAAAGAACAUCGAGAACAUGUUGCAGAAUAAGAAAACCAGUUCUCAGCUAUCACGUGAACGGGAGGAGCAGGAGCGGAAGGAACUACAGAGGAUGUUAUUGGGUGAGGGUAGUGGCUUCACAGACAGACGAGAAAGAUUAAAAUGUAUAAAUAACUGCAAAGUAAUCACUGAGGCAAUGCUGGAGGCAGCAGAUGUGGGAUGAGUGUAGAAAGAUGACCUGUAGAUGAGGUAAGAAAGAUGACUGCAAACUGGACUCUAGGUUGUGGGGCAUAGAUGGAAGAGAUGCUGUCAGUCCACUGCUGUCUCUGCAUCAGGCCUGGCCAAGCCAGGGCUCUCAGUGCUGUCCAUCAAGUGAGCUCUCUGGGCAUUCUUCGUAGAGGGUAAGAGUUUUUAAUACAGAAUCUGAAUGAAUUUGGGGGUUGGUUCUUGAACCCUCUGCCAUCAGUAUGUCAAAUUCUGUGCAAAUGUGCCUUUUCUGAGAUAAUCCAUGGCUUUCAGAAGAUUUUCAGAGGAGUCUGAGCCCCUAAAAAGAGCUAAAAUCCACCAGCCAAAAAUUGCAGAAGUUGAGGGUGAAGGGUGAUAGUGUCCUGAAGUGGUGUGGGAUAUAUAUGGACUUUGGAAAUGAAAAGAGGAAAAAAACAAGCUGACUUUAAGAUUUCUCUCUGGGCUUGCUAGGAAGAUGGUGGUACCAUUGAUUAAAGUAGCAAAUUUCAAAGAAGGAAGCAGGUUUAACAUGGGGAGGUGUGGAGUUUGAGGUCCCCAUGCCACUACCUAGUGUAGAUGGCAAGCAGGCAACUGAAAACUUGGCUGUACAUACAGAGAGAGAAUAAAGGCUGAAGAUGAAGGUUUACGUAACUGUUCUCACUCAUAGUAGUCUUUUCCUUUGUUUCCUCCUCUUUGUAAAAGCUUUGUAUAAUUUUGUUGUUUUGACUACAUUAUAAAGAUGUAAUAAAGCCUCUUCACCUGUG